AUGUUCUACAUCUACGCUACAGAAGCCCGCGAGGCGACGGAGGUUCCUCUUUUGAGCGAUACCCCAAUAGAGGCGUUCAGUCACGAGGUGGAGGUUGAUGGGCUUGGAAUGGUGUAUAUGGCGGAUCCGACUGAUGGAGACGACGUGAGCACCAUCUUCCCUUUGGACUUGCACGUCGUGACAUUUGAGCUCAACACUUCGCACCAUUACCUAAGUUCCAGCCAUUCAUCUUCUAUGGGUCCAACUCACGGAACCGAUAACUUCACAGGUGAUCUACCCAUUCAUAAACAAGCUUGUCAGUGUAUUACCAUUACACGAGGAGAAAUAUGUCACGGUUCACCUUUCCUGACCAUCUCAAGACACGUCGUCUUCGCUACCAAGAACGGUGGCAGCACCCAGCAAAAUGUCGUACACUGUUUUUUCGAUGCAUCGUCGCUAAGAUCUAUGGGGUCGGGAGGUGGAUGUAUUCAAUCCGGAAUUGACGUGAACGUCUCCACUCCCCGUAUUGUAACUUUCCAAUUUUUGUGCGCAACGACUACGGUCACUACGACAGUCUUCCCGACGUUUACACCCACAGCUGCAACACUGCCUCAUCUACUCCACCACUCCCAACCUCGCCCUUCCCUGUGUCUCGGUGUCAGCGUACCCUCAUUCUUCAUCCGGCCGUUCUGUUCAAUAAUACUCGACUCCGUCUUCGAACUGACCCCUAACACUUCGGACGGCAUUACCAAAUCAAGACCUGUCAUUGUUCCUACCAAGAACGGUGGCAAGCCCGCAUGCCCUCUAAACCCGGUCGUCCACGCGAGUAUUUGA